AUGACUCUCUUUAUUCUGACCGAGACCAGCGCUGGUUAUGCUUUGUUGAAGGCCAAGGACAAGAAGCUCCUCAAGCGUGAUGAUCUCGAUAUUCCUACUGAGGCUGCUACUCCUGAGGGAGUGUCCAAUCUCUUGAAGUUGAAGUCCUUCCAGAAAUUUGACAGCGCUGCUACCGCCGUGGAAGAAGCCACCGCCAUUGUUGAAGGAAAAGUCACACCCCGCCUAGCCAGUCUACUCGACGAGAUCAAGGACGAGAAGAAGGUUUCUCUCGCUGUCGCUGACCCUAAGCUCGGUAAUGCUAUUGGAAAGCUUCCCGGAUUUGAUCUCAAAGUCAUCGCCAACUCCUCUACCGCCGAGACUUCUCCCACUGCCGAGAUUUAUCGCGCAAUUCGCGAGCACCUUCCCACUCUUAUCCCAGGUCUUGUUCCCGAAGAUAUCUCUGCUAUGGCACUUGGUCUUUCACACUCUUUGGCCCGCCACAAACUCAAGUUUUCCCCAGACAAGAUCGACACCAUGAUUAUCCAAGCCAUUGCUCUUCUUGACGACCUUGACAAGGAAUUGAACACAUAUGCCAUGCGUGUAAAGGAAUGGUACGGCUGGCACUUCCCUGAAAUGGCCAAGAUCAUCAACGACAACAUCGCCUAUGCUCGCGUCGUCCUGAAGAUGGGAAUGCGAACUGAAUUCGAAUCCACCGACUUGAGUGACAUUCUUCCCGAGGAGAUUGAAGCUGCUGUUAAGAACGCUGCCGACAAGUCUAUGGGCACUGAAAUCAGUGCUGAGGAUUUGGAAAACAUCCAGGCUUUGGCUGAGCAAGUUGUCGGCUUCUCCGACUACCGCCAGCAGCUCGCUAGCUACCUCACUGCUCGUAUGACCGCUAUUGCGCCCAACCUGACCGCACUCGUUGGUGAGCUUGUCGGCGCUCGAUUGAUCGCCCAUGCUGGUAGUUUGAUGAACCUUUCCAAGAGCCCUGCCUCGACAUUGCAGAUUUUGGGUGCCGAAAAGGCCCUUUUCAGAGCUUUGAAGACGAAACACGACACUCCUAAAUACGGUCUCAUCUACCACGCCUCACUCAUUGGACAAGCCACCGGUAAGAACAAGGGUAAAAUGGCCCGUAUUCUCGCUGCCAAGGCCUCCCUCGGUAUCCGUGUGGAUGCUCUUGCUGAGUGGGAAGAGGAUGUCGCUGAGGAGGAGAAGGCUGCAUUGGGAACUGAAGCUCGUUUCAACCUUGAGCGCAAGUUAGCCGGUAUGGAAGGAAAGCCUCUUAAGCCCAGAGGUGUCAACAUUGCACCCAAUGGCAUUUCUUCGCAACCCAAGAAGUUUGAGAUCAACGAAGCUCGCAAGUAUAAUGCCGAUGCUGACGCUUUGAGUGGAAACGAGGAGCCUGCUUCCAAGACCAAGAAGGAGAAGAAGGUAGUUGAAGAGGAGUCUGAGGAUGAAGAUGAAGAGAUGGAGGAUUCUGAAGACUCAGACGAGACCGAGAAGUUGGCCGCCAAGGCUGGUCUCAGUGUCAAGAGAUAUCUCCGCAAGCUGGAACGCGGUGAAAUCGAAUUCGAUGCUGAAGGAAACCCGACAGCCAUCAGCAAGAAGGACUUGAAGAAGGCCAAGAAAGAAGCCAAGAAAGCCGCCAAAGAGGAUGAUGGGAAGAAGCGCAAGAGGGACGACGAUGAUGCCGACGACAAGGCUGAGAAGAAGAAAAAGAAGAAGAAGAGCAAAGACUAA